AUGCUUAUCUUUCUCAUUGUGAUUUUCCUGGCUGUCAACAUCGCCUGCGGAGUGAUCACCGCAAUAGGAUUCAAGUAUACUGUAGGGGAGGAGCUCAUCAUCUCUGGCACCCAUUCCUGCGUUUUUGACUACGAGGAAGACACCCGCAUUCUGAUUGCAGCGGUUUGGGCACUCACCGCUGGAUGGGAGGUCCUCGUACUGUGUCUUGCAGUCUGGAUUGCUGUGAAAUACUUCCGUGACCUGCGACGACUCGAACCAUCGACAGGAUCGAUCAUCAAGGACUGUUACGCAGUCUUGAUAAAAUCUCACGUACUUUACUUUGCAAGCUUUGCUGCUGUUGCUUCCCUCCAGCUUGGUUUUCUCUCUCCAACGAUCGCGGGGUCAUCUUCCGUAGCAGUUGAGGCGUAUGGUUGUGUCCUUCAGAUUUUCUCGACCGUGCAGAUGUUUGUGCUGGGACCACGCUUCAUCCUCAACAUUCAAGAAUAUCACGCUAAGCUCAUGGUCGAUUCCGACGCAGCAACUGGCAUGGCUUCAAUUGUCUUCCAGGAGUAUGUACAUGUGUCAACUAGCAGCAGUGUGUAG